UCGCUAACGUGAAGUCCGUGGGCCAUAGCUUCGGCUGGUCGGUUAAGCAGAGAGCCCGAGAGAUAAGCCCGGAUAAGCCGCAGGAAACGCCGAUGGCACCGCCGGCGCCGCUGCUCCUGCUGCUGCCACUCCUCGCCAUAACCGCCGGGGCGGCGCUGUCCAACCCCGCGGCGACAACAACCGAGGCUCCUCCGCCAGUCCCGACGCCGUGGCCGGAGCAGUUCCACGCGGUGAUGUUCACCAACCUGACGGAGAGCGGCGGGCGGCUGCAGCUCAUCGACCUCUACUACGACUGGCCCCGGGGCCGCAACCUCAACCUCAUCCGCAGCCAGCUCUCCGGCGACCCGAAGUACGACGUCGAGUGGACCAACGGCACCUCCUACAUCUUCGACUCCGCCUCCUGCCGCACCAUCAAGUUCGCCGUCGGCAUCCUGCCCCCCGACUGGCUCCGCGGCGCCGUCUACCUCGGCCGCGAGACCACCGACGGCUUCGACUGCCACGUCUGGACCAAGGUCGACUUCAUCUGGUACUACGAGGAUGUCGUCACCCACCGCCCCGUCCGCUGGAACUUCUACACUGGGAUGCAGCAACAUGUGAUGAGCUUCAAUGUGGGAGGGGUACUGGAGGACUCCCAGUGGCAGGCACCAGCUCACUGCUUCAAUGACCAUGCUGCCAUGGCCACCGGAGCGGACGCUGUCGACACAAUGAGCAGCCUCCUAUGGUUUGCCAGGGCACCAGCAGAUGCGGCGGCGGCAGUAUGACUUUGGGCUUCUGAGUAAUAACUCUGUUAACUCAUGAGAUGGUUCUCAGUUCCAUUCCACUGUGCCAGGUGGUAAAUUAACCAUGUUUCUUGGAUCUUAUAGUGUAUUCGUGUUGUGUAAUAAAUCACUGGUGUAGCAUCUACAAUCAUACAGUAGUAAGAUUUUAGCCACUGUCUUCAUUGCAGCCUCUGAGCCUUAAGCCCUGUUGGAUUUAAUGUAUUUUUGUAGAGCCUUUAGGCCUCUACAAAAUAGAUUCAAUCUAGACAGGGCUUUGCUGGUAGUAGUGUCGUACACUGUAUAUCAACAAAGAAAUUGCUUUAUAAAGAAUAUGCACAGGUCAAAACAGAUUUUAUUGCUC